AUGAGCUCCACUCCGCUUCGGGCUGCUAUUCUGAUAGUCUCCACGACUGCCGCCAAGGAUCCGUCCGCCGAUGCCUCCGAAUCAGUACUGAGGAAUGUUUUCGAUUCGGAGGAAGGAAAAUGGCAGGUUGUUAAGACGGCCAUUGUCCCAGAUGUAACAACUCAGAUACAGCGCCAGCUCACGUCCUGGAGUGAUGGGCCUGAGAAGGUGAACCUCAUUGUUACCACUGGUGGCACUGGAUUUGCGCAGGGCGAUGAUACACCCGAGGCCGUUGCUGCUGUCCUGCACAGGCCAGCACCUGGUUUAGUGCACGCUAUGUUGAGUAGCUCCCUGGCAGUCACUCCAUACGUUUCGGAGGCCCUCGCCCUGAUAGAGGAGCAUACCCCGCGCCCCGACGUCGUGGUAACCAAAGUAGGCGUUGGGCUUGUUGGCUCCGUCCUGGCAGAGGAUGUCAUCGCUCGAGAGAAUGUUCCCGCGUUCCGCGCAAGUAUUGUCGAUGGGUAUGCUGUCGUUGUACCGUCCGACGGAAAUAUGAAGGGCAUCUACCCCGUUACGGCGGUCUCGCAUGCUGCACCCGGCGAAGAGAAACCUCUCAAAGAGGGAGAGAUCGCUAGAAUUACCACUGGGGCCCCUCUUCCUAUCGGAGCCACUAGCGUAAUCAUGGUCGAAGACACUGUUCUCAAGAGCAUGACUGAUGACGGGACGGAGGAGGAAGAAGUUGAGAUACUUGCCGAGGGAGUAAAGGAAGGGGAGAACAUUAGGGAAGUGGGUAGUGAUAUCAAACAAGGCGCAAAGAUCCUCUCUAAAGGCGAGAAGGUAUCUGGCGUUGGCGGAGAGCUUGGUCUCCUUGCCGCGGUCGGUGUAGCGGAAGUCAAGACCUAUCGUCGCCCCAUUGUGGGCGUGCUAUCUACAGGCGACGAGAUUGUGGAGCACGAUAGGCCAGGAGAUCUCCGCCUCGGCGAGGUGCGGGAUACAAACCGCAUCACGCUGAUGUCAGCAGUUCGCCAGUGGGGAUUCGAAGCGAUUGACCUUGGAAUCGCCCGCGACAAACCAGGCACUCUCGAACAAACUCUCCGAGACGGCCUGCGACGCGUUGACAUGAUCAUAACCACGGGUGGCGUCUCCAUGGGCGAGCUCGACCUUCUCAAGCCGACGAUCGAACGUGCCCUCGGCGGAACAAUCCACUUCGGUAGGGUCAACAUGAAGCCCGGCAAACCAACCACCUUCGCUACCGUGCCCGUGAAGACGAACUCUGGCGAGAGAAUAGUCAAACCAAUCUUCUCCCUUCCGGGUAACCCCGCGUCGGCGCUCGUCACAUUCCAUCUCUUCGUUCUGCCGUCGCUCCAUCACCUUUCAGGGGAAUCGCCUGCCGGCGUUCCGAGUGUGCCCGUCACUCUUUCGCAUGAUUUCCCUCUCGACAAGGGUCGUCCGGAAUAUCACCGCGCUUGCAUCUCGGUCGGCCACGACGGUAGGCUGUCAGCUAGCAGCACGGGUGGACAGCGGAGUUCAAAGGUGGGGAGCUUGAAGACGGCCAAUGCACUGUUAUGUAUGCCGAAGGGUGAAGGGUCGAUGAAGAAGGGAAAUACUGUUCAGGCGCUUCUCAUUGCCCCUAUCCAGCCAUCUUAA